CUGUUUUGGAUGCAUUUCUUGGCACCUGCAGGCGCAGCUUGUCGUUGGAGCUGAACACGCAACAGCCCUUUCAAUGGCUAAUGGCCCUACAACGCGCGCUCAACACGUCCAGGGCAGCCAAUCAAAUUGCUGCAAACAAACACAUCGCCCAAAAGCGUCAUUGCAGGCUCAGACCCAGGACACCACUCUCAUUCAAUUGACUCCUCCCCGCCAUGGACCCUAGUAAUCAGCAACGCGCUCGCCUACCACCAGAAUGCAUCGAGCUGAUUGUGCAGUACCUAUGGGACGACAUAUCGACGUUGCACACGCUUCUCCUCUGCAACCGCGACUACUUUGUGCUCGUCGCACCAGUCCUCUACAGAGACCCAUUUCGACUCGUAAACCAGCAUCGAACCUGGACAAGAGAGGACAAGACCCGACGCACCGCCUAUCUGAUGCGUAUCCUUCAUGCCUGUGCCCUUACCAAACCUAGUCAGAGGGAUAUCCAAACAAAUGACUUUGACGCCUCCAGUUCCACCUCUUCAACAUUAUGGACCGCGACAGAAAAGUCCUUGAAUUCAUCUGUCCUCGGAUUGUCAUUGGGAGAAGAUGCUUCACAGUACGGAUCAGCGCAUAUCAGAGCCAGCCACGGAUCUCCAGCAUCAGCAGACGGAAUGCUCGCCACAAAGUACCUCACGCCUCUCCCGAAUCCACUGACGAUUGACUAUCUGUUCUAUUAUACGCACCAGGGACAGAUUCCUCAGGCAUUCAGAGCCUUCCAGUUCUUGAACCCGACAGUCGAUAGGUUUUCCAAGGGCAGGAUGGUAUUCGAGCAGGCGUUUGCGAAAGCAAGCAUGACUUUGUCAUUAGCGCUGUAUGGGCAUUUCCCCAGUCGGAUUCGAGUCUUGUCAAUGACGCCUUCACAAUUGGGAUGCAUCCUCUACAAGGACUUUGGGGGCGUUGACAUAGGCGCGUCGGAUAAAAGACAUGGCGUGGAGGCGCUCAGGAUGCUGAGGCGGCUGGAGCUGGAUUUUGGUGCCACCAAUUCACCUAUGCCGCGAUGGGCGGUAAUUGCUCCCUACAAUGCAGGGCAGAGCAACGAAGACUGGCUAGCACAGACGGUAGAUAUUCCGUUGGAAUUCAUCCGCGAGCAUCAGCAAUUGUUUCCUGUAUGCCCUGAAGACGAGGUAUCUAGCUCAAUUUGGAUAGGGGAUUCAGCAGAAGGAGCACCUCUGAAGGGGCCGAAUAAAGGCACAUUACUGCAGGAGCUUGUGGUUCGAGGGGGCCAUUCGACUUGGACGCCGACUCAGCUAUUGACGAACAUCGAGCCACUCAAGGUGGUGGACCUCUCAGCCUGGAACUCCGACGUGCCGCAUUUGGAACGGAUUCCUUCUUCACGCCUGAGUUCGCUGAGAAUGAACAUUGCGAGGCGCCUGGAGUUCGUUGAAGUCCAACUGCCUUAUCUGCAACAGUGCACGCAGCUGCAGGAGGUCUGGAUGCCAUGUCAAGCGGCGGAUACAUUCCAGUGGGCGAUCAAUGUGGAAAGAUCUGUUGGACAGUUUGUAACCGAAACGCGACUGCGAAGAAGGGUAGCAACUGGCGUCGCCUCGACUUCAAUUGAUGAUUCGAACCAGGCCCAAGAUCAGCCGCCGCAUAGAUUCGAUCCAGCAAAGGCGCCAAGGAUGAAAAAGGUGCGACUCUAUGGUGGCCCUCACGAGUUGAUACCUUGUCUUGAGGACGCCGCAGAUGCUUUCCGAGACACAUUGGAAGAAUUAGCAGGGUAUGAGGACGGAUACGGGCGGAGAGAUGAGUACCUGAGAAUGUCGAUUGAUUGGCCUGUUCCGCGCCUUACACAUCUGGAUCUGAGAGGCCGAUAUGUAUUCUUCUUUGAUCUGCGGUCUCUGCGACACUGUCCGGAGCUGAGGGUCGUCAAGUUGCUCAUUGAGUCCAAUAUCUCAUCUCCAAAAUCCACGAACUGGGAUCAUGAGACAAGGGCUUCGAGUCGAGGGUGCGAACGGCAAGACUUCUCGGUGUUUGCGGAGAUGAAACGGCUGGAGGAGUUGCAACUUCGAGGUACAUCAUGGGAAAUGGACGAUAUAGCGCUGGAGACAUUGAUGGGGGGACCAGGCACCUUUGUCGAUGAGGAUGGUGUCGAGCGGCAUCGAGGACAUCUCCAGAACAGUUUGAGGUACUUCAGUAUUCCAGAUGCGCAUUUACCGAGGAGAGCUGCACUGACCCGAUUUAUCCAGGCGAUGAAGAAGCUAGAGAUUAUUCAAUUGGGACACAUGCGCGGAUAUAUGGCUGAUUCGUUGCGGGAAGCUGGUGCACCGCGUCUUUUCGUGGAGAUUAGCUCUGUGGCAUAGAAAGACAU